CUGAUCUCACUCGACUCCGCCCCCCGAGGAUCCCACGCCUGUAAUUCCUCCACAACUCCAGGUCCUAUCUCGGUGCUACGAUCUAGUGGAGUAAUCCAUUGCAUUGCAAGAUAAAGAUUCCAUCUUUUUUUCCCCUUCCAGGCCGGGGUAAACAGCGCUACGAGGAGAGCUGUUUUCAUGUGAAAUUAUUGCCGUUCCAAACUGACUGCAAGUCGUAAUCGUGGCUCUCUUGAAUCUCUGCUCCGGAGUCGUAGGAAUAUAAGAUCGUUGGAUUUUCACUUUCUCUCUCAAGGAUAGAUGGAGGGGAGGAGAGGAUGAGAGGAUGAGAGCGAGAAGAAGAUGAGAGGGGGAUGGAAAGGAGAGGGAACCGAAGAUGGCACAAAAAUAGCUUUAAGGCGGGGCAGCCCACUAAUUAGACUACUCCGGCGCACCCCCCCCCCCCCCCAACUCACUCGCCAGAUUCUCUCUCACUCAUCAUCAGCAGCAGCUAGAGAAAGAAAGAUAGAGAGAGGAGGGUAGGGAUAUCAUGGCACGGCUGCAGCAGUAGCAGCAGCAGAGGAAACGUCCCAAACACACACACAAGAGAGAGAAGAGGAGAGAGAAGGGUGGGAAAGCUUAGAAGAAGAGAGAUCCACCUCGAAGUAACCCCUCCUUCCUCUUCCUUCCCUCCUUGCUCCUGGUAGAGUGGAGUCUACUGGUGCUGCUGCCGCGACGUCGAGCUGCAAGAAUUGCUCUGCUCUGAAGGUCAGGUGAGGAGAGCAGAGGAGAAGAGGACACCAUGAGGGAGGAGGAGGAGCCGAGCUGGUUCGCGCGGUGCGAGGAGCAGCUGCCGCGGCCGGACGAGCUGAUGCCGCUGUCGCAGACGCUCAUCACGCCUGAUCUCGCCGUCGCCUUCGACAUCCACACAAACGGCGGUGGCGGAGCGGGCGGCGGAGGAUGCGCGGGGGGAGGAGCCGGCGGCAGCGGCGGCGGCGCGGGCGGCCCCGAGAUGAACGGUGGCGGCGCGUCGUCGGCCGCGGGGUCGAGCGGCGGCGGCGGCGGCGGCGGAGCCGGUGACGAGCCGGCCCGGACGCUCAAGCGGCCGCGCCUGGUGUGGACGCCGCAGCUGCACAAGCGGUUCGUCGACGCGGUGGCGCACCUCGGCAUCAAGAACGCCGUGCCCAAGACAAUAAUGCAGCUGAUGAGCGUCGACGGCCUCACGCGCGAGAACGUCGCCUCCCACCUCCAGAAGUACCGCCUGUACCUCAAGCGCAUGCAGGGACUCGGCGGCGGUGGGGGCGCCGGCGGCAGCGGCGCGGGUGGGAGCCACUCCUCCGGCUCGGGUACCGACGCGGCCACCGAGCACCUCUUCGCCACGGGGCCCGUCCCCUUCCUCCCGCCCGGCCACCGCGCGCCUGCCGGCGCCGACCCUUACCCUCCCUUCGCCCCCAUGGGUGCCGCGCACCACCACCACCCGCCGCAGAUCGGGCACUUCCAUCACCCCGCUCGCCAGCUCGGCCACUACGGCCCCGCGGGCGCCGGCUUCGACCACGGGUUCCUGAGCCGCGCCGUUGCCGGCGGUGCACCGACCGUCGGCCCGCCCGGGAUGCACCACCGCAUGGUUGGCGGUGCCGCCGGGAUGGGGAUGAUGGCGCCCACCUCCUUCGCCGACGAGCUGGACCUCGGAUCCCGAGGCGGCGGCGGGAGCGGCGGGAGGCGCGAGCUGACUCUGUUCCCGACGUCCGGCGACCACUGAGGCCACAGAGGCCGACGGAAACGGGCAUCGGACGGCCUCCUCCGUCCUCGGGUACAUAAAAUUCGUUUGCCUCCUGUUCCCUCUGCUGCGCAACCGCCGCUGCUUCCCACAGAUCGGCAUAGAAAUCGCGCAAGGUUCGCCACAUCUCAUAGAGUCCAAGAAUUCUUGGGAAUUAGCAAUCCAUCCAUCCGUCCGUCCAUACUGCUACCUAGCAUCUCUUCGUUCGCCAUUGUUGCUGUUGUUCUUGUAUUGCUGCUAUUUGUCAUUUCUCCUCUCGUUCUCCCCUUGUCCUGUUCUUGUUAUUGAUGGCAUAAAGUUAGCCUUAGAGAUGAUAUUUAGAGGGUAAAAUAUUGUGACUACAGAACAAUUUGCUACUUUCGCCUUCGCCAUCGAAGAACAAUUCAAUCUUUGCGAUUGUGCCGACGACCCGGGGUCAAAUUGCUCUGUUCUUGAGUGAUGCAACAACCAUUGUUCGGGAGCUGUGACCCCCAAGAGAAGUGAUGCAACCACUGUCCAUUAGAGAUUGCAUAUGUGAUCAGUGAUUGAUAUAGUCAGGGUUUAAUAACCCCAAGGACCCACCAUGGAGAUGAAUAAGUUUGAGGAUUAAGUUUGACAAUUCAAUCUUUUUGUGGGACUCAAAUCAUCUGCGAGGCCAAAGAGAUUCAGAGCUCAAUCUGCUCUCCGUCAAUUUUCUUCCUUACACCUCCUUUCAGGGAGGAAGAGUACCAAGGGUUGCAUUACCUCACUUUUUGCUUCUGCCUCCUGAUCAGAACAUUGGAGCAACUCAAAUUGGGGUUUAUUGUAGCACAAUUGUAGCGAUCAAUCAUUUGUAAAUCUGCGCAGCUUGAAAAGCUUCUUGUUCCUUUUGUAGCCCUGAGAAAAAGACCCCCUUCAAUUAUGCUAGUAAGUACAGUGAUGCUUAUGUUCUUGUAUACAUUGUACUCCGGCACUGUUCAGAUCAAAAUUUUCAUGCUCUGCAUCACU